AUGCAAAAUUAUUAUAAUUUACCUUUAUCUCCAAGAUAAUUUGUAAAUCAAAGCAACAACAACUUUAAUCAAUCUCCAAGACAUUAUACUUAAGUUCCUAUUUCUUUAAUGUAAUAAUAAGCUUAAGUUGUUGAUUUAAAAUAGUAUGAAUAAAAAUGGAUGAAAAAAAUAUAAGAAUUAGAAGAAGAAUUGUCUUAUUGUUAAUAAAAGGCUUCAUAUUUAGAAAAAGAAUAUGUACGCUAAUACACUAUGAUAGGAAAAUUUGGCUUAUGAAUCUUAAUGCUAUAAAGAAGAAAUUAAAAAAUUAAAAUCAAAUCUAUAUCAAUAUGAUAAAUUAGAUUUUAUUAAUCAAAUGAAUAGAACUUAAGAAAAUAAUACCAUUAAUUCAAUAUUAGAUUGUAAUAGAAAACUAGAAGAAAAAGAAGAAAAUUUGAAGGAUUAAAUAAUUGAAUUAUAAAAAGUUAUUAUAAUGCUCCAAAAAGAAUCAUCUUAGAAUAAAAUAGAGGCAAUUAAAUGGAAGAACAAAUAUAUUGAAAUUAAUAAAUUAUACAACGAUUUAUAAAUAGAAAAAUAGAAACCAUGA